AUUACCUAAUUAGCCAGACAAGGUCUGGUAAACAAGAGGAGAAUAUAUUAAAAGAAGAAAAAGAUCAGAUACAUUCAUCCUUUUUCUGAUUUAUGUUGAAAGGAAUCAAAUUUAAAACACUGGUCUAAAAAAUAAAGCCAGAUGACUUUUGUUUUUUUUUUUUUUUAAUCACCGAAAUUCUAAACAGGCCAUGAUAGGAAAACCCACAGCAGUUCUUUCUGGAAUUUGAUUCACAAGCAAGCUCCCUUACCUAGGAAACUAUUGCGUAAGUGAUGUACGUCAAGGCCAAAGUCCACUCUACCCACCUGGCCUUAGAGCUCAGUAAUGCUUGUCUUUGGUCAUCAGAAUUACACAGCCAGUCCGGGCACUGGAAAAACAAAUCCAACCUCUGCCAUACUCUGGAAAGGAGAGGAGCACAGUAAUUUUGCAAAAGAUUAAUAGUACCCACAGGACAAAGACGAUGAAUUCACCUGAACUUUGGAAUCCUCCGGAAGUCCAAUUUUGCUUUGAUUUGGUCAACAAUUCAUGCCCUAGAAAUGUGAGGUCUGUGCUGAGUGUGUGUGCCAUGUAUGUUGUCAUGACUGGUGCUAUAGUGAUGACCAUGUUGGGCAACCUGGUUGUGAUCAUUUCCAUCGCUCACUUCAAGCAGCUCCAGUCCCCAACCAACUUCCUGAUUCUCUCCAUGGCCACAACUGACUUUUUGUUGAGCUGUGUGGUCAUGCCCUUCAGUAUGGUCAGGUCCAUUGAGUCUUGCUGGUAUUUUGGAGACCUCUUUUGCAAAGUCCACAGCUGCUGUGACAUCAUGCUCUGCACAACCUCUAUUUUUCACCUCUGCUUCAUCUCAGUGGAUCGCUACUAUGCUGUUUGUGACCCUUUGCAUUAUGUCACCAAAAUUACCAUCCCUGUAAUAGAGGUCUUUCUACUCAUCAGUUGGUCUAUUCCAAUUUUUUUUGCCUUUGGCCUGGUAUUCUCAGAAUUAAACAUAGUUGGUGCAGAAGACUUUGUUGCAGCCACUGACUGCACAGGUUUGUGUGUAUUGAUAUUCAACAAGCUCUGGGGGGUGUUGGCUUCCUUUAUAGCCUGCUUCCUACCUGGGACUGUAAUGGUGGGGAUUUACAUACACAUUUUCAGCGUAGCCAGGAAGCAUACUAAGCAAAUUGACAUGGCUCCUACCAGGAAACACGUUGGGUCAGAAAGCAAAAUGAAAGUAUCAUCCAAAAGAGAAAGCAAGGCCACCAAGACUUUAAGCAUAGUCAUGGGAGUGUUUGUAUUGUGCUGGCUGCCCUUUUUCAUCUUGACAAUCACAGACCCUUUCAUUAAUUUCACAACUCCUGAAGAUUUGUACAAUGUCUUCCUCUGGCUGGGUUAUUUCAACUCCACUUUCAAUCCCAUCAUAUAUGGCAUGUUUUAUCCCUGGUUUCGCAAGGCAUUGCGGAUGAUUGUCACGGGAACCAUCUUCCACCCUGACUCUUCUACCCUAAGCCUAUAUCCUGCAGAUACUUAGGCAAUACUCUCCAUUCUGUAAGAUUCUUUCCUGGUAAGGAAUCUUGUUGGAUGCUCCUCCUCAAAGGUAAGGCCAUAAACUUACUGGAUAAGCAUAUUCUUCCAGUUGGUGUUAUGGACAUCUAUCUAAGUAGGAGCAAUCGAUCUAGUGUUCUAGGUUUACCAGAGCUACCAAAGUGGUUAAUUUCUGGAGUUCUGGGGAAGGCAUCUCCAAUAAAAAACUCUGUCCCAUGGCUUGCUGAUUCCUGAAUUCACAAAAUUAGAGAUUUAGAAUUUCACUCCUUUGACUUAAAUCAAAUGGAGAUCUUAUUUUUUCUUAUGAACAUCAGAAGAGGAGACAGAGUUGGUCUUCACACUUAUUGACAGCCAGAGUUUAUCUAAAUCUUUCAUGAGACUAUUGUUCUAUCUUAGGGGAGCCAGGGAGAGAGCUUGAGAACAUUGGGAGUCUGGAUUAUUUAGCAUGUGAUUGACUUGGAAGGGGAGAAGGAAGCAGACAGUUGUAGCUAGUUUCAAUUUUUUUGGUUCUGACUUAAACCUCUUCUAAAAGCAUUGAUGUGAAUUUUGUAAUAUUUUGGUAAAAUUGGACUGUCUUACUGAAUGA